GCGUGUCUGCAAACUUCCCGAUGUGUGUGUAAAAUUUUCCUAGUUUGGAGGUAUAUGAACAUCCGGCAGGCGCUCUCUCCUCACUCCCUCACCGGCUACAACACAGGCACGUGAAACACACACACAGGUGACUCCACGGACACCUUAUCUUAAACAGGAUGCAUGUGUCCCGGCCAUGGGCGGUGGUGGUGGCGGUGGUGGUGGUGAUGGCCCUACCCACACCCACGCAAGGGGGGUUGCUAGACAUUGUAAAAUCCAUCGUAGUACCUGCAGCGAGAGAAACCAUCAAGACACAAGAAAUCACGCUGCUGGAUCACUACUGCACGUUGUCGAGGAGUCCCUACAUUAAGAGGUUUGAGCUGCACUACAGAGCGGAUGUGACCUGCCCUGGCUGGACCAGCAUUAAGGGAAGAGGCUCCAAUCACACAAACCCAACCAACUCCGAGAAAGACGCUCUGAAGGACUUUAUGACGCAGGCGGUGGCGGCAGGACUAGUCACUAAGGAGGAAGCGGCACCCUGGCUCAACCACCGCUAAGCCACACCCAGCACACCCUUCACUCCCCUUCUACACUUCUUCCUUGGACUGUAUUUCUAAGCGUUUCGGCGACUAAUCUCGACUGCAUUUGACAGGUUGUAGUAAAAGUUAUUGUCAUUUUCAAAAGUGCUUUCAUGUUUCUAGUAUCAGUUUAAUAUUGACUCUACGUCUUUAAUAGUCUCUGGUUGAAUUAAUUAUUGUUUUGCUUUCAGUGUGUUGUCAUGGUUCUAGUGACAAACAGGAUUCUAUCGUCACCUUAAUGCAUUACGGUUUUCAAAGGUGUUUUUUUUUUUUUUCUUAUUUUACCGAUAGUUUAACGAAUAUUCCG